UUUAUCAGCGGGCAAGAUUCGUGACCAACACAUUUUACAGUCUGAUAGCUUGCUAAGGGAUCAAUCCCCUGGUUUCCUGUAUAAAAAUUAAAAGGCUCGUUGUACCUGAAAGGAAGACGGUUGAAGGAGGCUGCCACUCCAUCUGUUUUGUACUCUUUUGUUUUUUAGCUAUUGUGUGUAAGAAAGGAUGUCGUCCGAAAGCCCUGAGUAUUCUCCAUUCUUCGCAGUGAUGGGUGCCUCUGCGGCUAUGGUUUUCAGCGCCUUGGGGGCAGCUUAUGGCACAGCGAAGAGUGGCACAGGCAUCGCUGCCAUGUCGGUGAUGAGGCCAGAGCUGAUCAUGAAGUCCAUCAUUCCUGUGGUCAUGGCGGGUAUCAUAGCCAUCUACGGCCUGGUGGUGGCUGUGCUGAUCGCCAACAACAUCUCCGAAAAAGUCACUCUUUACAAGAGUUUUCUCCACCUAGGUGCAGGCCUCAGUGUGGGUCUGAGCGGCCUGGCUGCUGGCUUUGCCAUCGGCAUCGUCGGGGACGCUGGAGUCAGGGGCACAGCACAGCAGCCCAGGUUAUUCGUGGGCAUGAUCCUCAUCCUCAUUUUCGCUGAGGUCCUGGGGCUCUACGGUCUCAUCGUGGCCCUCAUCCUCUCCACAAAGUAAAUGAGAGUCGUCCAUUACAUUGCUGCUGAAUGGGAAAAAAAUAUAUAAAACUAAAAAAAAAUGCAACAUGGAAAAAAGAGAAAUUAAAAUAGCUCCAUAAAUAUGGUCUUAUCUCCACAAUGUGUACAGUCGUCUCAAUUUGGUAGUCAAUCUCUUGUAAAUGCGCAAUGUAACUUAGUGAUUUGUCUGUCCUGUGUGUGUUUAGAUAUAUGAAAUGGGUUUUUUUUUCCACUU